UGACUCAUAUGAGAUACAUGACGGUGGACGACUUUCGCGUCCUCACCGCUGUAGAGUUGGGCUCGCGCAACCACGAGGUUGUGCCAACCAAAUUGAUCCACCAGGUCGGUGGCUUACGCUCGGUGUCCGCCACUGGGAGAUGCAUUUCCGACUUGGCAAAGCUAUCACUUAUCAGCAAAUUGAGAAACGCAAAGUACGACGGGUACCGUUUGUCAUUCUCCGGGUACGAUUACUUGGCGCUCAAGUCGAUGACCAACAGGGGUACCGUGUACUCCGUGGGGAACAUUAUCGGGGUGGGUAAGGAGUCCGAUAUCUACUCCACCAGCGACGCUUCGGGGCACACCAAGGUGCUCAAGAUUCACCGUUUGGGAAGAACUUCGUUUAGAACCGUCAAGAACAACCGUGACUACCUCAGAAACAAGCAGACCGGUAACUGGAUGUAUCUCUCCAGAUUGGCUGCCGAAAAGGAGCACCAGUUCAUGUCCGUAUUGCACAAGAAUGGCUUCUACGUGCCGACUCCCUAUGAUUGGUCGAGACACUGCAUCUUGAUGGAGUGGAUUAACGGGCUCCCAAUGAGGGCCGUGAAAAAGCACAGAGACUACAAGGGUUUGUACUCCGGCUUGAUGAAGUUUAUCGUACAGUUGGGGAACCACGGGUUGAUCCACUGCGACUACAACGAAUUUAAUAUCAUCAUCCGUGACGAGGCGGACUUUGGCAAGUACGAAUCUGACUUUGUCGUCAUCGAUUUCCCGCAGUGUGUCUCCAUCGGCCACGUGGACGCCGAGUUCUACUUCAACCGUGACGUCGAGGGAAUCACCACCUUCUUUGCCAAGAGAUUCAACUACAGGCCUAGAGACGAUAGUUCUAUGCUAGACACCGACGGGUUUGGAGAAGGCUUCAGAUACGCCAAGCCGGACUUCAAAAGGGAUGUCAGGCGAAUUGCUAACUUGGACGUCGAGGUUCAGGCUUCUGGGUACUCUAAAAAAAAGAAGAACGAGGAGGAAGAGGAGUUGGAGGGAGCGCUAGAGGGCAUGAGAAAUUUGAAUGUUGUAGAGGAAGAGGAAGAAGAGGAGGAAAGUCAGUCUGAGUACGAUGAAAGUGAAGAAGAGAGCGAAUCUGAUGACGACGAAAAUGAGAGAAUCAUCUCCGCAAUAUCCGCGGGCGAUGGCAACUUGAAGAUGGACAAGUUUGGGAAUUACAUCUUGGAUGAGUAGUGUAUAAUAAAAUAUUGAAGCAGAGAAAUAGUCACAAGUAGGGCUGAGGUUUAGAGUGUUUCCACCGUUGAAUAUGGAAUCAACUGUCACACGCAGUCAAGUCCUCUUCAAGAUGCAACCAAAAAAAAAAAA